GUCAUUCUUAUUUUAGGUUAUGUUUUUAUUGAUAAACCUAUAAAAUAAUCCAACAAUAAGGACAUUACCCAAUAUUUAGGGAGGCUGUGUACACAAUAUGGCUUUUUUAGAAGUAAAUAUGACAAUAUCUAUAAACUUUUUGUAUUUGAUCGUGCAUUUCUAUUUUAGUGGCGAAAAUUCACCUUCUUCGAUUUAAAGAAAGACGUUGACGAGGGUAAAAUCGCCGAACUAUUUAAGGAUAAUAGGGUUUCAACAACGUCCAGUGGAAACAGUCAUCUGAUUUUAAGUGAUACCUUGGGACAGAUUUACAUUAUAUCAAGAUCCUGGCAUGUCACUACUUUUAGGGCGUAUGAAAUGAGUGUAGAUUUAACUUUCCAGCUUAGGAAUGCUCCUCUUCUUAUUACAAUUGGGCAAGAUGAGCCAGGUAUAAAUCCCUUGAUAAAGGUAUGGGAUACUAGUAGAAAAGAUAAGAAUGGUAGUCCAUACUGCCAUAGAAUUACUAGGGCUCUACCUGGUAACAGACCACUCCAGGCUAGUGCUUUGUGUGUUCAUGAUAAUCAACAAUUGAUGGCAGUAGGUUUCAUUGAAGGAUCACUAAUUCUUUACAGAGGAGAUAUAACACGAGACAGGAGUUCGAAACAGAAAAUUUUAAAGACAUCUGGGUCUGUUGUAACAGGCUUAGCCUUCAAAUCUAAUUCCUCAAAUAUGUUUUUGUAUGUAGCAACAGAAACCUCUGUGAUCGUUUACAAUAUUACACAAAAGGACAAGGAGCAAAAGUAUCAGUUAGAUAAUAUUGGCUGUGCCAAACAAUGCAGCGUUUUAGCAGAUUCUGUUCAAGAGAGUCAUUUCAUGAUAGGUCGACAAGAUGCAAUAUAUUGUUAUACUACUGAUGGUAGAGGCCCUUGUUAUGCAGUGGAGGGUGAAAAAGUUAUGCUAGAAUGGUUUAGGACAUAUUUGAUAAUAAUUUCAAAAACAACUAGACCUGCGCUACUCGCGACUAUGUCAAGUGAACUCCAGAAUAACAGUUCAGAAGGACAUCUUAUCACAGUGCUUGAUAUUCACAACAAGUUCAUUGUUUUUUCAGCGGCUUUGCCAAAAACGAAAGCCAUUCUAAGCGAGUGGGGCGCCUUUUACAUCCUUGACGACGAAAACAGACUCCAUCAUUUAGAUGAAAAAGACCUGCAAUCGAAAUUGUCUCUUUUAUUCAAGAAGAAUUUUUAUGACGUUGCGAUACGGAUCGCCAAGUCACAAGGAUAUGAUUCUGAUGGCUUGGUGACCAUAUUUAAACAGUAUGGAGAUCACUUGUGCGACAAAGGAGACUAUGCAGGUGCUAUAGAGCAGUAUAUCAAAACUAUAGGUAAACUGGAACCAAGCUAUGUCAUACGUAAAUUCCUAGAUUCUCAGCAUAUUGAAAAGUUGACGAUGUAUCUUCAAGCAUUGCAUAAGCAAGGCCAUGCUACCGAAGAUCAUACGACCCUGCUACUGAAUUGCUACACCAAACUAAAUAAUUCAGUUGGGCAGACAAAUAGCUUGAAAGAAUUCAUAAACAGUAAAGAUGGUGUUUUGAACUAUGAUGUGGAUAUUGCAAUAAAAGUAUGCAGGAACGAGAGUCCGGAAGAAGCUUUGAUGUUAGCCAAGAAACACGAGAAACACGACUGGUACAUCAAACUUCAAAUUGAAGACCACCAAAAAUACACGGAUGUAAUCGACUACAUUUCCAACUUGAAUUAUGAAGAAGCCGAAUAUUACAUGAAGAAAUACGGAAUGGUCCUGGUAGAAAAUGUUCCAAAAGAAAGCACCACUCUCCUGAAGAAGCUUUGCACCAACUACAAGCCUAACAACGCGCCUUUGAACUCCGAAAACCUGAUAAGCGGGAGUUUUGAGGUGCCUUGUCGAGCUGACGCAGAGGACUUUGUCCACCUAUUCCUCAACAACUCUGAGUUGCUAGUGGAGUUCCUGGAGCAUCUUCUGAAUGAAGGAUGCAUCCUGAGCACUGCAGUUUACAACCUGCUCUUUGAACAUUACAUCCACGUCUGGUCUAAUCUGAAGAACGUUGCCGAUAAAAAUAGGAUGUCGCAGAAAGCGUUGAAGUUGUUGCAGAACUCUGAUGUGAAAUAUGAUAAGUCGCAGGCGCUCGUGGUGUGUCAUUUGCACUCGUUCAAGGAAGGAAUUUUGUACUUGUAUGAGGAGCAGAAGCUGUAUCAGCAAAUAUUGAGGUAUCAUAUAUCGAAAGACGACUCAACCGCGGUACUAGCAUGUUGCAGGAGAUUUGGGCACCAAGACCCUACAUUAUGGGUCCAUGCUCUCUGGUCGUGCGUCAGAAACACGACAAACCCUUCUAUGGAUUUACUAAAUGAAAUUCUGACUGUGAUAGCAAAAGAAAAACUUUUCUCUCCACAACUAGUCAUAGAUGCUCUUGGUAGUGGUAACGCCAACAUAACAUUGGGCCACAUAAGGUCCUAUAUCACGAAUGAGAUUCAACAAGAGCAAAAAGUGACCAAAGAGGUAUCUCAGUUAACAACCAACUAUCGUCGGGAUACCGAGAAAUUGAAGGAACUCUUAGAAGAGUUAAAGAAUGGAGUUAUAGAGAUCAGAGGAUCAAGAUGUGCAGCCUGUCAUCAUCCAUUGGAACUACCGAAAAUCCAUUUUCUCUGCAAGCACAGUUUCCACCAGCACUGUUUCCAGAGCUUUUCCGAUGACGAGAUAAAAUGUCUCACCUGCGAACCUCAAAAUAAGGACCUCCUAGAACUACUCAGAGCCAGAGAGUACAACAGAGAUCUGCACGAAACAUUCCACUCGCAACUAGAAAAGGCGCACGACGGCUUCUCUGUUGCGGCAGAGUACUUUGGUCGAGGAGUGUUCAAUAAAUACAAGGUAAUAACAGAUGAAGCUAUGGAAAAGAACCUGGGUGUACCGAUAGUUAGCACAUCAAAGCCUCCUGUUCGAAAGGCUGCGAGUGAAACUAGGAGCUAUGGAAUGGGAGCAGAGGCAAGGUUGAGGCAGACUGAAGUGAAAAGUAAGCCUGGGCCUGUGCCUAUAUCUGAGGGGAGGAUAAGAUUGCAGGAACAAAGAAUAAGUUCAUCUCUUGAAGCGAACAUGAGCCGUUACUCCAAAAGUGUAGACAAGAAAAGUGUUCCUACACCUUCAAAUCCCUUUGAAGACGCAUAUGAUGAAUCAAAUAAUCCAUUUUGUGAUGAUGACGAUGAUUUAGAUGAAACAAAUCCUUUUAGAGAAGACCUGAUGCGUGAUAGGAAUUUGAAUCAUUUUAGCUAAAUUAUAUUAGAGAUCUAUAUUAUGAAAGUCUAUUUUGCAGUUAUAUUGAAAAGUUGCUUUUAUAAUUGAUUUGUACAAAUUUUUGUAACAUUUGCACAGUAUCUCUUAUGUGAACUGGUCAGUAGCCAUCUUCAAAUAUUAUAUCAAAACCCAAUACUAAGAAAAAAGAUUUGAUAUUUCCAUGGACUCCCUUGAUUUCUGCAUUAAGUUCUAAGUUUCAAGCUAUACAAAUAGCUCAUAUAAAUAAUUGA